AUGGAAUCUUCAUAUUUCAUUCCAAACACGUUCUCAGUUAUUUCUUUCUUUUAUGUUGGAUCAACUUCUUUGUCCAUUUAUCCCACCUUGAGAGCUUAUGAUAUUACCUACAUGGAAAUUGAACAUGAAAACAUGAAAUUUGGACAAGAACUUACAUCUAUAAAGCUUUAUUCGCAAUGUCUGCAGAAAUGUUUAUUACACAUUUUUUUUGGUACUUUAACGUGA